AUGGAGAGCCCGGUGGUCCCCUGCGUCCUCUACCCGGGCGACGGAGCGUGCGGCCAGGCCGGGGGCCGGGGCGGCGCUCCCGAGGCUCCGGGAGAGGGCAGCCUGCAGCCGCCGGACGCGGCCGAGGGGGAGGGCGCGGCGUCCCCGGCGCAGACACCCUGCAGCCUCAGCGCGUCCCUGUGUUUCAGCUCCGGGGACGACUCCCCGCCGCAGUCUCGCGCCUCCUCCGCGGCGGAGGACGCAGCGGCCUCGCCGCCCUCGUGUCGCAGCGGCCGGGGGGUGGUGGAGAGGCAGUGGGGCGUCGGCAGCGCGGGCGCCGCGUCCCCGGAGGAGCCAGCGUCCCCGGAAGACUCCGCGUCCCCCGAGGAGCCCGCGUUUCCCGGGGAGCGCCCGCCGGCCAAGGAGCCCGCGUCCCCGGAGGAGCCCGUGGACCCCGCGCCCGUGCCCCCCGGCGUCGGCCCGGAGCACGGAGAGCCCGACUUGCUCAUCGAGGUCUCGGGCCGCCGGCUGCGGGCGCAUAAAGCGGUGCUGGCGGCGCGCAGCGACUACUUCCGCGCGCGCGCGUCCCGGGACGUGCUGCGGGUGCAGGGCGUGGGCUGGGCGGCGCUGCGGCUGCUGCUGGCCUACGCGUACAGCGGGCGCAUGGCGGGCGUGCGCCCGGACAACGUGGCCGACGUGGUGGCCGGCGCGCGCCGCCUGCAGCUGCCCUGCGCCGCGCAGCGCGCCACCGAUGCUGUGGCGCCGCAGCUGAGCCUGGCCAACUGCUUCGAGGUGCUGACCGCGGCCAAGCGGCAGCGGCUGGCCGAGCUGCGCGAGGCCGCCUACCGCUUCAUGAGCGACCAUUACCUGGAGGUGCUGCGCGAGCCUGCCGUCUUCGGGCGCCUGUCGGGAGCCGAGCGCGACCUGCUGCUGCGCCGCCGCCUGCGCGCCGGCCGCACCCGCCUGCUGGCCGCCGCCCUCGGGCCGGCCGGGGAGCGCGCGGGCAGCCGGCCGCAGAGCCCCUCGGGGGACGCGGAGGGCCGCGGCGAGGCCGCCGUCUACUGCUUCCACGAGGCGGCCGGCGAGUGGCGCGAGCUGACGCGGCUGCCGGAGGGCGCGCCGGCGCGGGGCUGCGGCCUCUGCGUGCUCUACAACUACCUCUUCGUGGCUGGAGGCGUGGGGCCCGCGGGCCCCGACGGCCGCGCCAGGCCCUCCGACCGGGUCUUCUGCUACAACCCGGCCACUGAUCGCUGGAGCACCGUGAGGCCGCUGCGCCAGGCGCGCUCGCAGCUGCAACUGCUGGCCCUGGACGGCCACCUGUACGCCGUGGGCGGCGAGUGCCUGCUCAGCGUGGAGCGCUACGACCCGCGCGCCGACCGCUGGGCUGCCGUGGCCCCGCUGCCCCGGGGCGCCUUCGCCGUGGCGCACGAGGCCACCACGUGCAACGGCGAGAUCUACGUGUCCGGGGGCUCCCUUUUCUACCGCCUGCUCAAGUACGACCCGCGGCGCGACGAGUGGCAGGAGUGCCCGUGCAGCAGCAGCCGCGAGCGCUCAGCUGACAUGGUGGCCCUGGACGGCUUCAUCUACCGCUUCGACCUGUGUGGGGCCCGCGGCGACGCGCCGGCGGCCGUGCAGGCUGGGGGGGUCAGCGUGCUCCGUUACCACUGUCUGGCUAAGCAGUGGAGCCGCUGCGCUUCGCACCUGCGGCCCCCGGGCGCGCCCUCGGGCCUGCAGCCCUUCCGCUGCGCCGCGCUGGAGGGCACCAUCUACUGCGUAAGCCGCGCGGGCACCUGGCGCUUCGUGCCGCCCGCCGAGGGCGAGCCCGGCGCGGGUGACACGGGCCCGGAAGGCAGCUUUGAGCUCCAUUCGCUCCAAACCCCGGCGGACGCCCGGGGCCUGCUCUUCCCCUUCGUGCUCAACUUGCCGGAGGAGAAGCCGGACCGAGGGGAGGAGGGCGCCGCGUAAGAUGGGCCGGGUGGUCACUCGGCAGUCCCUCCGCGGCCCGAAACAGGGAACGCCCCGUGGGCCGAGGUCCCAACUGGGAACCCGGAAGGGCGCAAGGGUAGCGGAGGCGAGGGGAGAGGGUCGGGGGUGGGCGCUGCCCACGGGGAUCACUUAGGAGGCAGUGCUUGUUUCAGGGCCUGGGAGACCUUGUCCAACGCUGCCUCAAGGCCCCCUUUCUACUCUGCUUUCCUUCUGCUUUGCUUUGCUUUGCUUAAGAGGGGUCGAUGGCUUAAGAUGCAGGAUGUGAGCAAAUAACUUUGCAAAUAAGAUACAACAUACCUGAGAAAGAAGGAAACAGAAUCAGAGACUGCGCUUCCGGGUGCAGUGGGUGGGCUUGAGUUCUGCGGGCUGCGGGGUGCCAGCCCCCUUGUUACUGCCCGCUGAGAAGGCCCUGGGAAACACGGAGGGCCUCCCAGACUGGAGUCCUAAAUGAGGCCAGUGUGAACCAUAUUCCUGGAAACACCUGAAAGAAGGUCGUACUAUUUUUAGCUUGGAGUUUAAAAUUAUAACCGAUAAAUCAAGCUCUUAAAGCUUUUCUAAUUUAGUUUAAAAGUUCCUGCCCUAUGUGCUCAACUUGCAAUUGGCUCAACUCCAAAUGUAAGAAGUAUUAAAGGUGAAAUUUUUGAUUCCCAAUAAGGUCUUCUGUCCAGUGAGCACUGGAGAUAUUUCCUGUCAUCGCAGGGGCCCCAGACGGGGUCAGAGGUCCACACACCUGGAAGCAGGUCCCUCUCAUCACCUAACUGAGGUGGGUUUAAUACUUUCAAUUUAAAGGGUGUUCAUCAUUAUGUUCUGGAGAAGGCAAUGGCACCCCACUCCUUACUCUAGCCUGGAAAAUCCCAUGGAUAGAGGAGCCUGGUAGGCUGCCGUCCAUGGGGUCGGGAAGAGUCGGACCUGACCGAGCAACUUCACUCUCACUUUUCACUUUCCUGCAUUGGAGAAGGAAAUGGCAACCCACUCCAGUGUUCUUGCCUAGAGAAUCCCAGGGACAGGGGAGCCUGGUGGGCUGCCGUCUAUGGGGUCACACAGAGUCGGACAUGACUGAAGUGACUUAGCAGCAGCAGCAGCAUCAUUAUGUUCAAAGGUGUAGCAGUGACUGACUCUUACUUGGGUUUUAGAUCAGUAGGAGAGGCUGACAGCGGCCUGGUGCUCGCCUGCUUUGAAAGCGGGGCCAGAUGUGCCCAGCCGCGGUGAUGUUUUAUAGUGGGCUUGAAGAGAGCAGUAUUCCCCCUGAAAGGGGACUAAAAUCCUUUCUUGUCUGAGAGUUCUAAAGAAAAACAUACAGGCAUAGUUUGAACCCACUAAUUGUGAUGUUUUAAAUAUUAAUUCUAUAACUCUGAGGGAACUUUAUUUUUACAACCAUUAUUCUAAGAAAGCGUGGCAGAGUGACAGCAUAUUGACACGAGAGGGAGCAAGGUAGUUUGGGGCUUUCCUCGUGGCUCUGCGGUAAAGAAUCUGCCUGCCAAUACGGGAGACUCGGGUGAGGAAGACCCCCUAGGGGAGGAAAUGGCAACCCACUCUAGUAUUCUUGCCAGGGAAAUCCCAUGGACAGAGGAGCCUGGUGGGCUGCAGUCUAUGGGGCUGCAAAAGAGUGGGACAUGAAUUAGCAAGUAAACAACAACAAAAUAGUGUCGUUUAGCAAAUGAACUACUUUUGUCUAAUUGUGAACUCCAAAAUACCAUUAAUAAAACUAACAUGAAGUUUCACUACUGUGAUAGGGCACAAGGAUUAAAAGGCAGGGUUUACUAUUUAUUAAACAUUUAAGGAUAAAAUAUAUGUUCAUAAAGAGAGGCCAACUGACUUGGAUUCUGAAUCCAAUCCACUUUUUUUUUAUGACAGCAAAAGUGCCCACUGAAGGUUACUGGCACAGAAGUCGAUGAAGUCACGUGUAGCUUACUGUGAUUUCCUCAUGAAUCAGUGAUGGGAGGGAACCUGCCUGUGCGAUCUGUGGGUGGGCGGGGAAUAGGUUAUGCUUCCUAAAGUGGCAGUGGUCAUUAAAGUGGUCAGUUAAGCAUGCUUAGAAAUUCAGCGUGACUCAUGCAUGUCCUGAGGACAGAGCUCUGCCGUCUCAGCUGGUGUGUUCUGGGGAUUUGUGCGCCUGCCCGUGACCGCUCCUGACACGACAGGACGUCUUGGCAGCUUGGGUCAGCGUCUUAGGAAAAACCAGGCUCCAGAUUGCCUGACUUUGUAGGAGCAGACUGGAGGCAUGGCAGGAGAAGAAGAAGUGAGGUCCAAAAGAAACAAACAGUGUUCUUGUAAAGACACGAGCUUUUCACAUGACAGUACAUUUUUCUCCAGACUUUCAUUAUUUAUGCUCAAUUUUUAUUUGAAAUGGAACCGAGGUGAUAUUUUCAUUCCUUUAAUAUCAAACUCAUGAGAUAUUAUCACUGUGAUUUUACUUGAGACAUCAUUCCUAGGAUGCUUACCAUUGAAAAACACAAAUGCUAAAGCGGGCUUCCAAAGUCAACGCUCCCCAUUGGAGAUGGGAGACAUACUAGCUGUCAGACGUGGACAGCCAGACGAUGACACAGCCCGCUGGAGUGUUUGGAUAUUAUUUCAUCCUUGAAUUGAAUGAAGGGACGCCUGGCUGAGACGCAGCACCAAUUCCUGUGGGAGCUGGCCCCGAGCCCCAGGGAGUUGUCAGGACCAGAUCCCGGAGGAUAUCUAAGGAGGGUGAUGGACUUAGAACCUUGCAGACCACGUUUCUCAUGGCAGCAUCACCGAGAACAGGUGCCGGAGGACCUGUGUGCUGCAGACACCAGUUUAUCUUGUUUGGGGGCCAGUUGGACAGUGCGCCAAGUACACGAAUGGAAAAGCCCCCCAGCCCAGGAUCCUUCCGCACAGGAGGGCGGGGCGAGGGGCAGGCCUCCAGGGCUGACGUUCCAGGACCGGGGCUUGUCCCAUUGCCGAGCCUGUGUCCAGCUCUCUGUAGAGAACCAGUUGGUGCAAAAGUAUCCCUGCUCUUCGAUCGCUUGGAUCAAAUGAAGGCAGUGCAUUUACAUCAUCUGUAAUUCUCAUGAAAUUAAGAAACCCCCAAACACUGACAUUUCCAGACAUUUGAAAGAGCAGUGGGGCAUUUUCAGGGGAAACGUAAUUCGCGGAAGCUUAAUCUUUUGGUUGGUUGACAGCAAUGACUUCUGUGUUGUGAAUCAGGGUUCGUUUGGAACCCCAAGGGUUGGGGUGAAGUGAUCUUCAUUUCCUUUCUGUUUUUACUCCUGGCUGGGGAGAGCUCUGGUGCCAGCGCCAGCGUGGACUCUGGCUGCUUUAUGGGGCUGGCCUGGGGCUGCGGUGACUUUAUUUCUCCACGUUUCCUUUCCUUUCAGAGAAUGAAUGCUGCAGAAGUUCUUUGGCUACUUAGUGACAACAACUGCCUGUAUCACUUUUGCUACAAAUACUUAAAAUGAAUCACCUGGCCCAUUUUUGUUACUUUCUGGUGUCACUUUAUUAAUGCUGGUAGCCACUGGUUAAUUUGUUGGUCUCUUGGGUAACUUCCUCUGAAAUGUUUUGAAAUGAAAUGUGUUUUAAGUCUUGGCCUUUUCCUGAAGUUAACAUGGUUUCAGGACAUUAUCUGUUGUAACACCUUCCUAGGUCGAAAUGUAAACACAAGUGCUCUUUUGCAUUCUGUCUUAUUGUAGAUGAUUUCCUAGCUUACAAAAUGUUUUAUUUUUGGUGUCUUUAAAAAAAUCAGUGUUCUCCUUUUCCCCUUUCCUCUGUGACAUCGUUAUUCAUGGGAAGAUAACAGGAACUAAGAAUGGGAAUGCAUCGUGUUCUGGUUUCGUCUGAGUGUGCAUCCGAGCCGCGUUCUCUUUGCUUCCCUGCGUCCUGGAAGGCACCGCGAGGCUCCAGCUUCUAGUGUGGAAACUGGCAUAGGUGAGGGUCUCCUACCUGCUCGGUGAAUUGGUGUGAAAUGAAAUAGAAGACCAGAUUUGUCCUCUUGUGAGACGCAAGCUCCUCUGAGGCUUUGAAAGCGCUAAGCUGUGAUGUUGCUGGAUGUUGAAGACAAACAGUUGCUUUGAAGACACAGAUUUGCCCAGCUGAUGCUGUACCGAUCAGCGCUCGCGUUUCGAGUCCUGAGUGCCCACCCCCAUAAAACCCUGUCCAUCUGCCUGCUUAAGCCAAGAUGAAAUAAAUCACUGGGCGAUGCUAGCGCUCCUGCAGUC